AUGCCUGCCUACGAACUUCGCUCCGGGGGUGAUGUCAAGAACAAGAAGCAGAGUGUUGCCGACCUUAAGUACCGCCGAUUGACCGAGCUCAAUGCCCGUCUGAAGGAGGAUCUCGACCGUCCGCGGGUCAAGGUAUCCGAAGCGGCUCUCUCGCUCAUCAACUACUGCAACAACACUCGCGAUUUCAUGGUGCCCUCCGUAUGGGGACAGGUCGACAAGCGGGAAGACCCCUAUGCUCCCCAGCAGCAGGGUGGCUGCUGCACUGUCAUGUAA